UAUGUGAGGAAUUGUGCUGGGGACUCCAGGCCCGAGGACUUACGCCGAGAAUUUGGUCGCUAUGGCCCCAUAGUAGAUGUUUACAUACCACUUGACUUCUACACGCGACGCCCCAGAGGGUUUGCUUACGUUCAGUUUGAAGAUGUUCGAGAUGCUGAAGAUGCACUUUAUAACCUCAAUAGGAAGUGGGUGUGUGGCCGGCAAAUUGAAAUACAGUUUGCACAAGGUGAUCGAAAAACACCAGGCCAAAUGAAGUCAAAAGAACGGCACCUGUGCUCCCCAAGUGACCACAGGAGAUCCAGAAGCCCCAGCCAGAGGAGAUCUCGAAGUCGAAGUUCAUCAUGGGGAAGAGACAGGAGGCGGUCAGACAGUCUGAAAGAGUCUCGACACAGGCGAUCUUCUUACAGUCAGUCUAAGUCUCGCUCUAAAUCACUACCAAGGCAGUCUACCUCAGCAAGGCAGUCAAGAACACCAAGAAGGAAUUCUGGAUCUAGGGGACGGUCAAGAUCCAAGUCCUUACCAAAAAGGUCCAAGUCAAUGGAAAAAUCACACUCACGCUCACCUCAAAAGCAGAUUGGCUCAGGAGCAAAAUCAACAUCACAUGGACGACACUGUGACCGCAUAGCAAGAUCCCCAUGCAAGUCUCCCAGAGGGUACACCAGCUCUGGAACCAAGACACAGACAGCAAAGCAUUCUCAUUUUCGGUCACAUUCCAGAUCUCGGAGCUACCAUCAUAAAAACAGUUGGUGA